AUGAAAUGUAUUUAAAAGUUAUAUAUCAAUGCCUGAUAUGUGGCAUUGUUGCCUUCGAUAUUUGGCCUUUUUCGUUGCCAAAACUAUACAACUAUCCUCUCAUUUGAGCGGAAUUUGAAUUAAACUAAUUUCAUCUGUGACAAGCAAAUUUUGCUUAAUUAACUUGACGGCGAGAAAGUGAAACCAAAUAUAAUACAAUCGUCAAUGUGCACGUCGUUCACGCACGUACAUCACACAAAUCUAAUGGCAUAUUAUUCGGUAUAAAUUCAAAAAAAUUUGUUAGAAUAUUCUCAGAAUAUAGUGAUGCGAUUGCAGUGCACAACAGCUCGACACAACUCGAUCUAGUUCAAGGAAUUCAGUGAAUUGUUUGUUUUUCUACAAAUAUAUGUAUAUUCAUUGUAAAGUCGACAAAUAUUUCCGUUAACCACUUUUUAGCAUUUUAAAAUUACAAAUUUAGUUCAUCAAACGCGUCCGGAAGAAUUGUGAAAAAGAAAAGGAAAAAAGCCAGAUUAAUGGGUGAAAGCAAGUGUCAACUUCAAGUCUCGUCUGAAAUAUAUAAGGAAACCAAUUUCCAUAGCUCAGCUACUAAAAAUGGCACUUUAUUAUCUCGUUUCUCAUUUAUCAACCCGAUUGAUCACUGUGAUGAGAUUGAAUCCAAAUCAAAGUCAUCCAUUAUUGAUGCCGAUGGAGAUUUAAUUGUUGAACGUAGACGUCGAGGUGUUAUUCAAAUUGAACAUCAACAAUCGACCAACUUAUCACUUGUUGGUUUGCAGGUGUGGCGUGGUGCAUUGCUUUUGGCCGAUUUUCUAUUGCAUAAUUGUUGGAGAUUUGAAAACAAACGGAUACUCGAACUUGGUUCCGGUGUUGGUCUAUCGAGUAUAGCUGCUGGGAUAUUUUCAAAGACUGAUGUCAUUUGCACUGACAUCGAUUCAGGUGGAAUUCUGGAAGUGCUGAAAUCGAAUGUCAAUUUGAACAAAUCUGUCAUGAAUAAUAGAGCGAUAUUUCGUAUCAUGGAAUUGGAUUUUAAGAAAACCAUUUGGCCAGAUGACCUUAAAAAUGCUGUAUCAUCGGCAAAUAUAAUUAUUGCGGCAGACGUUAUUUAUGAUAAUGACAUAACGGAUUAUUUUGUUAAAACAAUCGAGCGCAUACUGGAUGUUAAUGAUCUCAAUAAAAAUAAAGAUAAAGAAUUGUACAUCGCACUUGAAAAGCGAUAUGUUUUCACACUGGCAGAUUUAGAUACUGUGGCACCGUGCUACGAAUAUUUCAUGCAUUGUAUCGAAAAUCAAAUACGUAAAACAACACAUUUGAAAAUAGAAUUUGUAUCGAUCGACUUCCCACAGUAUUUUGAUUAUGAACGUUCCAAAGACCUUAUACUAAUGAAAUUGUAUGUGUAAGCGUUUAUGUAUUUUGAACCGUUUUUUUAUACUAGAUUUUCAUUAAAUAUUUGAUACAGACACGUAUUUUUGUCUCAA